AUGACGUACGAGGGCCAGGAAAUCGUCGGUAAAGAAAAAAUUGCUGAGAAAUUUCGAUCUCUCCCUGCAAAUACAAUUCAGGUGGUUACCACCAGUGUAGAUGUUCAUCCAAGUGAAAACGCAGUUGUUAUCCUUGUGUGUGGACAACUAAAAUGUGAUGAAGAUCCGGUAUUGCCGUUUUGUGAAAUGUUUUUCUUCGAAAGUUCAACGAUUGCUUCCUUGUCAGUGAUUCCAUGUUUCGUUUGA